GGUCGCUGGGUGCGGCGUCGGCGGCCGGCGCUGACAGGCGGCCCGGGCCGGAAGGAGGGGGUCGGGAGAGCUGACUGGAGCAUGGGACCGCCGGACGCCAAGAGGGUCAUGGGACCACCAGACUCCAGAUGGACCUUGGGACCACCAGAUGCCAGGUCCCGGCCGCCGCUCUGCCUCCACUGGCCGCGUCUAGCGAGCCACACCGCUGCCGGUGGAUGCCGCUGCCGGCUCCUGCGUGUGGCCACCGCCGGCCUGGUGCUGCUCUGCCUCUACUACAUCAUUUACACCCCGUGGGCGUUCAGCUGGCGCGCCGGCGACCGGUCGGCGCCAUCUGGAGGGCAUAACUCUUCCGCGCCGGCGGUCCUGGUGCCGACGCCGGACGACGUCUGCAUCCGCUGGACGGCGCCCGCGUGGCCUGCGCAGUCGGGGGACGACGCCACCCCGCUACCGCCGAUUGCAUUUUUGUCUGGAGUCAAGAAUCCCUGCUGGCUUCAAGAUCUUACGCAGCAAAGUGUAGAAUUUCUGGAAAAGAACUGCUAUGCAAACUAUACGAAAAAUAGAAGCAUAUUCUCAAAACGGGCGCAGCGCUACCGGCCGUUCGUCAGCGAGCCGGCGUCGGUCCUGCGGCUGCGCUGCCUGCCUUAUUUCUACAUCGUGGGCCAGCCCAAAUGUGGCACCACGGACCUGAUGCACCGCAUCAGCCUGCACCCGCACGUGCUGGCCGGCACGCUCAAGGGCCCCAACUGGUGGACACGCGCCCGCUUCCCCCUCCAGCCAGGUCAGGCCAGCCACUGCGGUCGCCAAGUGGCGUUCCAGGAGUACGUGGACUCGUUCGAGAUGGUGGCGGCGCAGCUAGCCGGGGCCGACUGCGGCGGCGGCAGACCCGGCGCGCCCUGGACACCAGCCAGCCGCAUGAUCACAGGCGAUGGCAGCACGUCGACUCUCUGGGGCGGCGUGGCCCACCGAGCUGCCAGGGAGGCCGGGCUGACUAUGUUCCCGCCGCUCGGCCGCUCCGUGGCCGCCGGCCUGGCCAGACUGCAGCCGCGCGCUCGCAUCAUUGUCAUCCUGCGCGAGCCCGGCGACAGGCUAUUCUCCGACUACUUGUAUUUUAACGCCGAUUUGGACAAAGAAAAGAACGCCGAUGGGUUCCACAACCUGACGCUCGAGGCCGUGGCGAUCUGGAACAACUGCACCACCUUUAGGAGCGUGGACGACUGUGUCACCGACCGCUCCGUCCUCCUCAGUUUCGGGAUCGUGCGUCUGCAUGUGGGCCUGUACGCCGUGCAUCUGCGACAAUGGCUGGAAACGUUCCCGAGGCCGAACAUCCUGGUACUGCGUACGGAGGACUACUCCAGGAAUGUCAACCACAGCAUGCUGCAAGUGUAUCAGCACCUCGACUUGGCGCCACCGUCAGAGCAAGACAUGAGGCUGGUCAACUCCGCUCGGGUCCUCAACGCGCGGCGAACCAACCUGCAGCGGAUGCAGAUGUUGGCCGAGACGCGGCAGCUGCUGACGGACUUUUACCGGCCACACAACGAGCGGCUGGCAGUCCUGCUCGGGUCACAGCGCUUCCUCUGGGAGGAUACGUGA